AGCCAUCACACGUUUUCGUGACAUUUGUAAAUAUCGAAAUUCCAUCCAAGAAAAGGCUAUGACAAUGUUUAGAACGUUUAAAUAUUCAAUUGUUUACCUGAUCUCCUGAUAAACCCAAAUUCGAAGAAUUUUGUUUACGAUGGCACACUCAAAUAGACAAAAAAGUCCAAGUAAAGUGCCUAAAUUUGGAAUCAACUCUAUCCUUGAUCAUUCUGAGAAUGACAAAAUUUUUCAAGUGCUCCAGGAAAUGUUUCAUGGGAAAGUUGAACCAGAGGUCGUCCACAUGAUUUUAACAGAAAUGGACUGGAAAGUGGAUAAAGCCAUAGAUACUUUAAUGACAUUUUGUGGGGAAGGUGGCAACAUUGACAGAAAAAAAAACAGACUGCAUAAAAUGGCACAGGAAAUACUGUGUAAAAAAAAUGAUGAAUCUACAGAUGUCAGAUCUGCUUUACAACAAUGUGAAGCAAGGCAUGAGUUAGCAAGUCCAAAAAGUCAUGUGACCUUACCUUCAAAGUCACAUGAUGAAGAAAUGCCUCCCUUGAGUAAAUCAACAGUCUUAAGUGACCAUGCUAUUGCGUCUAACAGUGCUACAUCAGCAGUUGGUCUUGAACGUCGUAGAGCUCCUCCAGCAUCUUCUAGCCCACUUCAACAAAUCAGAAGUGUAAUGGCUUCAACAUAUGGAAGAACACAAGAAGUGAAAGAUAAAGGGCAUACUGAAGAACAACCAACUAUUAAUCCUUUAUCUGUAGAUGAUGAUGUCCACACAGACAGUAACCUGAUAUCUCAGUCUAUUUUGUCAGGAGCAUUACAUUUAUCUGGUAGUGAUGUUUUGUCUGAACUGUAUAAUCCGUUCUCAGAUGCUACAGUAAAAGAAUCAGAUUUAUAUCAGGAUAGCUACAAAGCUUACAUGGAUAAUUACUGGCCAGAUAUCACUGCUAAAUUUGGUAUCAAAGCAACUAAAGAUAUGGCUCAAAGUAAAGAAAUAAAUCAUCAGUCUCAAAGGGAUGCAACAAAUAUAUUUCCUGGAAUGUACACGGAAGGCGAUGAAAAGAGGAAAAAUGUAGUUCCUCAAUCUAAUGGGGUCCAAAGUAGUUCUGAAGAAAAAGAGUCAGAAAAGAUGUUAAAGGAAAAGGUUAAAGGUGAAGGAAACUUUCCCAGGACUGGAAUAGGUAGUCAUGGAAGUAGUAACAUUUCUAUGUUAGUAAGAUUAGGGUUAGCAGAGAAAAAUGAAAGAGGACAGUUUAAAAAUCUUCAAAAAGACCCAGAAGAGGACCUAGAUUUGAAUUUUAAUAUGGAUACUUUUGACUUAGAAAAUGAUGACAGCUCCAGUGAUGGAUCUAGUCUAUCACAGAGCGGAUCGGCAGAAACUAUGACAGCUGAACUGAAGAAUAUGUUGGGAAUAUCUAAAGAGGAAAAGAAAGAACCGUCAAUGUUAGAAUCAGCUGCUAGAGAAUUAGAGAGAUUAAAUGCUCUAUCUCCUAAUGCUAAAGAAUUUAUUCCUAGAUCUACAAAUGUGCAAUGUAAUACCUCAGAUUCAAAGCCAUUUGAUGCUUUUCCUAAAUUUCUAACUCCUAAGGCAGCUUUACCUACUCAGCAGAGAACUAUUCCUCCUUACGCAAUGUUUCCACCCCAGCAGCAAGGUCAGCACCCACAGAUAAGACCAGUACCCAUGUUCCCAGUGCCUCGACACAUUCCGUUUAAUCCACAAAUACCAGUUGUACCAGUGACUUUAGUUGGUGUUCGGAAUGUGCCACCUCAACCCCCUCCACCAAUGAACAUCAUGCCACAGACAAGCCAAGUUGGACCAGUAAUACAAACAACAAACAUGAUGCACCAUCCAUCAUCAACUUUAAGGCCUCCUCCUGGCCUUUUACCAAUAUCUUCACCUACACGAAACAUAUUACAUCAUCCAAUGUCAUCCCCGUCACCACCCAUUUUACCGUAUGCCUCUGCUUUUCCAUCACCUACGGCGCAGCAACUUGCCAGUGAAGCUCAGCAAUAUGCAACAAUCGCUGCUCAGCAGAUGAAAAAGAACGUUCAGGCUCAAAGUAAGGAAUCCUCUCCGUCUCCAGAGAGAUCACUAGAUCUCUGUUCACAGAAGGUCAAGGACAAGAUAAUAAGUGGUGUUAGAGUUUUAAUUAUCUUGAGAGGUUUGCCUGGCAGUGGGAAGUCAACACUAGCAAGGGAGCUGAAAGGAAACGGAGAUAUAUUUUCUGCAGAUGAUUAUUUUAUGAAUGGAGAUGUAUAUUGUUAUGAUCAGAGGAAGUUGACAGAUGCUCAUGAUCAUUGUAGGAGAAAAGCACUUGAAGCUGUAAGGAAGGAUGUAUCACCUGUCAUCAUAGACAAUACCAAUACACAAGUCUGGGAAAUGUGUCCAUAUGUUGAUAUUGCAAAGUCUGUGAAUCCUGAAUAUGAGAUAGAGAUACUGGAACCAUCAACACCCUGGAGAUUUAAAGCCAGACAAUGCUCAGAGAAAUCUAAUCAUGCUGUGCCUUAUGAGAGCAUCAAGAGAAUGUUGGACAGAUACCAAAGAAAUGUAACAGUUGAUAUGUUAAUUAAUACUAAAAGUAGGUCUAGACCAGUAAAUUUAUUACCACAAAACAGCACGCAGGAAACAGAAACAACAGAAACAAAAAAGGCCAAGAAAUCAUCAGCUGAGACAAAAAAUAAUUCUGCAUUAAGUAACGUAGAUGAUGAGGAUAUUUGGCAGGAUGUAGGGUCAUUUAAAUGGAAAAACUAUUAUCAGCCUUUAAUGAAUGAACAGGAUGAGGAAAAGGAAGAAAAUGAAGAUUUGAAAGAUGAAGAAUUUCCAGCUUUGAAAAGUAAUGACAAAAGGAAUUCACAGGUGGAGAACAAAUCAUCUAAACAUACUGAACGGAAAGAUAAAACAAGAUUAGAAACCAAAGAGAAUAUGUUACAAGAAGGGGAAGGAGGAAGUGAAAAUGGAAAUACAGUGGUUGCAGACAACUCCAAUGUUACUGAUAAGAUUGAUGAGCGUGCUAUUGUAUCAACAGUAUCAAUGUCUAGUGAAAGUCUGGUAAAGAACAAUAUGCUCCCAUUCUCCACUGGUUUAGGAUUUCAAAUGAAGAAACAUAAAGCCUUAUCUACAGCUAGCUUACAGAAACAGAUAGAGCUCAUUUCUCAGCAAAAACUUCUUGUAUCUGAAAAAACAUGUGCUUCACCUGUAACAGUUCAACCUGAACAAAGUGAUAAUACACCCAUUGAAAACAGGAGCUCAAGGACACCAAGUUUUGAAAAAGGGAGAUCAGAGGACAAAGAAUUCAGUGAUGAAAUCCAUGAACUUGUUGAUAGUUUGAUGUCUGAGCAUGUAGAGGAUAAAACAUUAAGUGAUUUGAGUAAAGUACAGGAUGAGUUGAAGGCUUAUCUGCAUAUAAUGCCUAUUGAUGAACAACAAAGACAGGAUGCUGAAUGUCUUAUAGACCAGAAACUUAGUAUGUUUCUACACAGUGAUAAAACGUCAGACAUGCAGCAUGUGCAGGAUGUGCAGGUACCUCUUAAUUCAGUUGAUAAACAUCAUGAUGCAGAAGAUGAAAAAGUACCUGGGGAUACUAACCUUCCAAAUAACUCAUCAGUAACUGGUAUUGUUGAUGGAAGGUUUGACAUUGAGCAUAGUUUUCCCUCUGAAUUAAAUAGUGUUGAGGAUAAUCAAAAUAGAACAGUUUCUGUUACUGAUGAAGACCAGACAAUUGGCAGCAUAGAAUUAAGUUUAGAGAAAGUUUUUGAUGUCAUUGAUGAAAAACCUGAGAGAGAGAGUGAAAAUUUGUAUAUUUCUCAAGAAGUUGAUUUAAAGGUUAACAAAAGCAGAACGGUUGUAGAAAAUGAAAUCUGGUCAGCUGAUCAGCUCAAAGGUCAUGGUCAUAAUAAAAAUUGGGGCAACAAUGGUAAAACGGAGCAGGCUGAUGAGGCACAGGGAAGUUAUGAUCAAAAAGAGUUGCAUAUGAAAAGUUUUGAAAAAGAAUAUUGGGACAGUAAAGGUAGUGUGAAUAGCACCAAAAGUCCAGUCAAUUUGGAAGAAAAAAGGGAAAAUCAUAUAGAUUCUGUAAUUGAAAAAGUUAAUGACUUAUCUGAUGAUUUAGGUGAAAAAUUUUGGAAUGUAGAUAGUGAUGGAGAAAAAGAUACAGAGAAAAUUUAUUGGAAGACCGAGAAACCAUCCGAAGAGCAGGAUAAACAAGUAAAGAGUUCUGAUAAAUUAGAUUCACAAAUUAAGAGUUCUAAUGAAUCAGACACACAACUAAAGAGUUUUGAUAAAUCAGAUUCGGUAUUAAAAAGUUCUAAUAAAUUGGAUUCGGCAAGCAAAAUAGAAAGUAAAGAUGGUAAAUCAGAAAAAGUGGGUAGUCCAAGUGUAUGGGAAGAACCAAAGUCUAAACGUCAGAGGAAGAGAAACAAUAGAGAUAAAAAUAAACAAGGGGAUAAUGUUAAUAGUAAUCAAAAUACUGUAUUGAAUGAAGCGAUUCAAAGUAAACAGAAUAAAGAACCUGCUUCUGAAGUAUCGUCUAAAGCAAGUGUGAAAAAUAAUGAAAAUCAACAAACAGAACUCUCCUCCAAAGCAACAGUAAAAUCUGGUGAAAAUCAGCAAAAAUCUAAAACUCGGAAAAAUAAAACAUCAAAAACAUCUGGCCAGAUAAAAGAACCAGUAUCAUUAAAAAAAUCUUCACAGUUUAAACAAGUGCCUUCUACUAAAACAUGUGAUACUAAUUCUCCUGACCAAUCAGAUUCUUCAUUAGCUAAUCAAAAUUCAUCAUCCAAGUCAAACUCAUCUAAAACCCAUGACAAUCAUCAAUCUAUUAACUCUUCAGAAAACAGUAAACAUAAGGCAGCUACUGGUAAUGAUCUCAAGGAUACAAGUUAUAAGUCAGUAGAUAGAAAUCAGAAACGAAAUCAGUCAGUGAUGUCUGAUACACUUAAAAAUGAGAAGUCUGAUGAAAAAAGUAAUCUUAAGCCUUCUGUAUGUUUGUCUGAUGCUAUAAGUGUUGACAAGCCUUCAUUUCUAGUCCAGCAUUUUAAUGAUAGAUUAGAUGGUGAAUGUACAGUAUUAAAUACUACAUCUCUGUUAUCUUUAAAGAAGGGAAAAGUAGAGCUCACAAUAGAUAGUCAUAUGGUACAGAGUAGAUUAGAUGAUGGCAAUUUUAAACAAAAACAGCAAAGUGAUGAAAAUAAGACGGAUUUAUCAUCAAUGACUCUAGACAAAAGACAUGAUAAUUAUUCUGAUGUUAAUAAUAGUGCCAAGCACACAUUUAUUACUAAAGAAAAUUUAAACCCAGAAUUUUUAAAUACACAACCUGAUAUUGUUUCAACAGAUAGUGAAAACAUACUUCAGGAAAAUCCAAGCACUGUUGCAUGUAGUAACACUAUCAAUUUAGAAAAACACAGUAAGCAGGAUAGUCAGCCAACCGUAACGUUAACUGAUCACAAUCACUCAAGUAUCACGAAAGGUGAAGGUGAAAAAACAAAGGAUAAAGGUUCAGAAACUAGUCAGUUGGAGCCUGCUUUGUUAUUGGGAUCUGACAGACAGCAGGCCUUGAUCAAUAGAAAUGGAGAAAUGUCAUCAGCAGCAGAUAUUAAUGAUACCAAACCGAACCAGGAAGUAGAGAUAUUAGAUAAGGGAAAUGAUGAGUGUAGCCGGAAUGAUGUAGAGGAAUUCUAUAAUAAUGAUUUACAUAAAAAAGAUAAAAAUGCUGAAUUAGUCACUGCACCAGAUAUUGAAGCUGUUGCUAUGGAAGCAAAUCAACAAAUAAAAAGUGAAGAAGGAAAUGAUAAAUCACCGAGACAAGAUAUAGCAAAAGUAUCUACUGAAGUACAGGAUAGUCAACAAGACGUUAGUGAAUUGAAUUCUAGGAAACAAGAAGAAAUUAAAAUUACACAAACUCCAGUAUCGCAGGAUACAGGUGAAGCUGAUGAAAAAUCUGGGACCAAAAAGAAAAAAAAAACAAGCAACAAGAGAAAAAUGGCAGCUAAAUUUCCUGACAAAUUUCUUGAUGAUUCAGUCAAAGAAGCAUUUCUUAACAAUGAUUGGGCUACGCAAAUGCCAAAACUUGAAGGAUCGGCACCCAUUAGCUCUUUAGAUCUCGAAACAAAACCUUGUAUACGCAAAAUGGAUGCAUCAACAUCAAUCACAUCUAUUGAUACUAAAGUUCUUAAUUUAAUAAACACUGGCAAUAUGCACAUUUUACAGAAAAUUGAAUAUCCUUAUCAAAUCUGUAUUGGUAGAGAAUUAUCCAUUAUGAAAGGCACUCCUAAAUAUGACCCAGAUGGCUCUAUAGAAAGAGGUAUUCCUGAAGUUUUACACCAGGAAAAAAGUACAAUGACAGACAGUAUGUGUGUUGUUGGUCUUGAGUUUCUUCAAAGUAGUUUUCCGUCCAUACCUGAGAAGGAAUUAAAGGACAUUUUAGAAAAGUGUGAUGGUGAUGUGGAAUGGGCUGUGAAUCUAUUGCUGGACUGGAAAUAUAACCUUAAUCUCAGUGAGGAGGACAGUGAUAAGUUUGUCGAUUGUAUGUUUAAAGCUCAACACAUUCCCAAAUCACCCAGCAUUCAUUCGGCACUCAGACAGAAAUCCAUGAAAAAUGUUGUCUCUCCUAAAACAUUGAUGGAUAUGUGUAAUGACAUCAUUAAGGAACAUAAUAUGGACCGACAUGAGAUUGAGCAACUGUUGAUAACUAGUAGUGAAAAAAGACUUUCUUCACUGGAGAAACAGUUGUCCAUUAAAGCUAAGCAAUAUAGUUUUAGUUCAUUUGGUGACGAAGUUAUUGAGGAAGACUCUGAAUUUACCGAUGCUCUGUUAAAGGAAUUGAUCAAUUCUGCUGAUAAUAAAAGUUUGAGUAGUGACAGUCGUGAGAGUAGUCAUGUUAGUCUGUUAGAUGAUUCAGUCCAAGUCAGUAGUGAAGGUCUAAAUACAAAUGAUGCUAACGAAUUUUGGAAUGUUGACUUUGACCUUGAUGCCAAGAAGAAAACUCAAAACAAAGAAUUGGAGAAUGUUCACUUUGAUUUGGAUGUUGGAGGGAUGGAUAUUGAUGAUGAAGAAGGUGUUCCCGAGUCGGAGGUUAUGAUAAACAGACCUGAUGAUAGUCGGAUCGACCGAGAUAGAACUGAUUCAUUUGGUGAACCAACCGUUCUACUGCCUCUGAAGAAAGAGUUUACCAAAGCAUUAUUUAGUCUCUUUGGACCAGUUGAUGGUCUUGAUACAGAUAAGGAAGAUGAUCUGGCUAUCCCAGUAACAUUAGAUGUAGCUAAGUUAAUGUACACCUGUAUAAAGACAGCAUCACGUAAAGGACAGGUCAGAGUUCAUUCUGAUCAACAGUUAAUGGAAGAUGAAGCUUAUGCCAGACAGUUACAGGCAGAGGAGGAUAGUGAAAUAAAUCACCAUGAAAACAGACUGACUGGUCCGGUCAACUCAACACCACAAAGCUUUAGUAAACCACCUCCACCAGUUAUUGGAUUUAGCAUCGAUAGGGGACUGAACUUGUCAUCCCCAAGACCCAAAGUUGUCUCCCUUUUAGACAUAAUGGUUGAAGAACAAGUAAAAGAAAUAGAAAAGAAAGAACUCGAAAGUGAUUCAGAACAGGUAGAAACUCUACAACAAUCUGGAUCAUUUUCUGCUUUGUCUACACGGUUAAAACAACAGAAACUGUAUUAUGUAUUCCCAGGAAUAGACACCACUGUGUUAGAUGAUAUUUUUCAGGCUAACUGCUUUAUUCUAGAAGAUACCAUUAAGGCUGUACAGGGCUCCCUGGCAUGCAAUGCUGGAACCCCAAAGACUGUGAUGUCAAAGGCAGCUGAGGAAAACUAUGAGAAACAUUUGAUAGAGGCAGCUAAACAACAAAGUUUACAAGAGAUGCUUGAUUCUUGCUUACAUGCAGUACAUGUACCAAAAGUGAUCAAGGAUGCAAAAACUGUCAAUGCUUCAGUGGAUUAUGAAGAGUUCCGUGGGGAAGCUAAUCUUCAUUACAGACUCAGGCAUGAAUGUUUCCAGAAGGCACAAGAGGCCCACAGGAGGGGAAUGAGACAAGUUGCUUCAUUUUAUUCAGAACAGGGACAUCUCCAUACACAGAAGAUAAAAGAUGCUAAUAUGAGAGCAUCAGAACAGAUCUUAUCUACUAGAAUUGAUAUGUUGGAGAAGAAUUCAACCCUUGACUUGCACGGUUUACAUGUAGAUGAAGCUGUAGCAGCUCUAGAAAAAAUACUACCUAAUAAACAAUUUGAACUACAGAGUAAUCCAUUGAGACAGAAACAGUAUUUAAUUAUAGUAACAGGAAGAGGAACGCAUAGUAGAGGGGGCGUCUCAAAACUCAAACCUGCUGUGAUGAAUUACUUACGACGUAAUGAAUACAGAUUUUCUGAAAUCCAUGAAGGUGCCUUACGAGUAAGCUUAAAGCACAGAAAUAAUACAUAGUUUUUAGUCAAACGUUUUUUGUAAUUUUAAUUUGAUUUUUUUUGCAUUGUUUGUUGUAGCUUCUGGAUUACUUUGUAAACAAAUUGUGAAGUUAUAUUGUUUAUAGUAAAGUGCUGUAUAUGUUAUAAAUAUUGACCAUUGUUAAGUUUUAUGUAACUCAAAAUAUUGGUAGCUGAAUCAUUGUAUGAACAUUUUUUCCUUUUGUUAUUUUUAAGCAAUAUCAUAAACUAUAUUAUGUGGAAGUCAAUAGAAAAUUUGCAGUAUUGCUUAGAUAUGUUUGUUUCAUAUCUUUUAAAAUCUGUUGAGUAGAGUAUUCAUAUCAAGUUAACUGAUAUAAAUGGUUUUUUUUUUCAAUAUCCAUAAAUUUUAAUCAUUUAGAAUUUCCCUCUGAAGAUGAGUACUCUGAGGUUUGGAUUGGGCCAAACUUCCCAUUUAAGUAAAAGAUCUCAAUAUUUCUCAUUCAUUAUUGAUGUACCUGAUUCAUUACAUUUGCAUGUAUUAUAAUUCUUUUUCACAUAAAAACAACAUUAAACUGGACACUAUUUCUACAUUCUAUUUACAUUAAAAAAGAAAGUUUAGUAUGUGUCAAAUUCAAUGUAUCUUGUAAAUGAUGUAUAUGCAGGACAAACCCCUAAAAGCUACUUUUUUUCUUUUGGCAGUAUUUCAGGUUUUAACUAAUCUGACCAAAUUUAUCUGUUGUAUCAUUCCUUCUUUUGUUUUCAAAGUAGGAUAUUUGUAAAUCAGACAAUAACUCAUUGAGAAAAAUGACAGAUAUGUCUAGUUACCACACUCAUCUGUUAAAUUUUUACACUAUUUAUUGUUUUUUUGUUUUGUUUUUUUUUUUUUUUAAAGAAGACAAUUAAUUUUCAAAUUCUGUGAGAUCAAAUAUCCAAUGAAACAAAGUGAAAUUGAAUUUAAAAGGCUAAAUUCCAUCUCAUAAAUUUUCCAGAAGGAACGACGAGGGUGGUUUUUAACGACAUUGACUACCCAUGAGGGUCUUGCACGGUCGUAAGAGGGAAGGGGGGCGUCUUCCCUUUUUAUAGUUUUUUUGUUGAGCCUUCGACUUUUGUGGAAAAAGCGAGACAUAGCAAUCCUACAUUCCGUGGGCGUUGUCGUCGGCGGCGUCCACAAAUAUUCACUCUGUGGUUAAAGUUUUUGAAAUUUUAAUAACUUUCUCAAACUAUCCUGGAUUUCUACCAAACUUGGACAGAAGCUUGUUUAUGAUCAUAAGAUAGUAUCCAGAAUUAAAUUUUGUAAAAAAAAAAUUCCUGUUUUUCCGUAUUUUACUUAUAAAUGGACUUAGUUUUUCUGCCAGGAAACAUUACAUUCACUCUGUGGUUAAAGUUUUUAAAAUUUUAAUAACUUUCUCAAACUAUCCUGGAUUUCUACCAAACUUGGACAGAAGCUUGUUUAUGAUCAUAAGAUAGUAUCCAGAAGUAAAUUUAAAAAAAAAAAUACUGUUUUUCCAUAUUUUACUUAUAAAUGGACUUAGUUUUUCUGCUAGGAAACAUUACAUUCACUCUGUGGUUAAAGUUUUUAAAAUUUUAAUAACUUUCUUAAACUAUCCUGGAUUUGUACCAAACAUGGACAAAAGCUUGUUUAUGAUCAAAAGCUAGUAUAUAGAAGGAAAUUUUGUAAAAAAAAAAUUCCUGUUUUUCCGUAUAUUACUUAUAAAUGGACUUAGUUUUUCUUCCAGUUAACAUUACAUACAGUCUGCAGUUAAAGUUUUAAAACAUUUAUUAGAUUCAUAAACUAUCCUGGAUUUUUACUAAACUUGGACAGAAGCUUCUUACAAUAAAAAAAUUGUAUCGAGAGGAACAUUUUUAUUAAAUUUUUUCCUCAUCUCAUUUUUGUUGAGCCUGCGAUUAACAGCAAAAGUAGGCGAGACACUGGGUUCCGCGGAACCUGUACAAAUUUUUAGUAAAUUUACACCUGUGUGACAGCUUUCAUUUUCAUCUUUCCAAUGUGUAAUUGAUGUUGUAGCAUGUUUGGUAUGGUACAUCUUUUUUAUUUUAAAUAUAGUGUUACUGUUAUGAAAAUUUAUAUGUGUUAAAAUAUACUUUACUGUUUGCUGGAGUAAAAAAUGAGUUCAAAGUAUUUUUUGAAAAUUUACAAAUUUGUAUAGAAUACUAGGAAAAUUUGAAAAGGGAUUAUCUUUACUCUUGAAGUAUAGAUUCUACCCCUGUAUCAGAUUUAAUAUGAUAUUCUCUUGAUAAUGUAAAAUUUUCAAAUUAAAAAAGUGAGGCUUUCUUAAGCAUUUAGACAUUUAAGAUUUGAGAGAGAGAGAGAGAGAGAGAGGUGAAAGAUACCAAAGGUAUAUUCAAACUCUUAGGUAGAUGACGAACUAACAACGCCAUGUCAAGAGUGUAGAAAUACUUUAUCGCAUGUGAUAGGGUGUUGGAAUCUGUUUCUCUUAUAAUUUUUAGACAGUAUGUAGGCAAACUUUCUUUCUUUUUAAAUGAUUUUUAAAAAGAUGUUCUUUCUGUUGGACAUCAUCAAGCAUGGUUGCCAUUUUUGGGUAAAGAUUGCAUGAAAUGCAAUCAAAACCCUAUGUUACAGACUUGAUAUCUAAAUCUUCAAAGGUUUAUCACUAUUUUUGAGAUACACAAAAUAUAGUGCAUCGAUCAUAACAUUCUAUACAUCCCAUCCAUGAAAAUUUCCAGAAAUUUAUCAAUUAAAUAAACACUCAGAUAUUUGAGUCACAAAUUGAUGUUAUACUUGUCAAGAAAAUUACAUAACUUUUGCAAGGUGCAGGAAUCCAAUAUCUGAUCUAAAAAUGUCAGUGAUGUCAUUGUUAAAGUCAUCUUUAAAAAUUGGAGUUAUCUUGCUUUGUCCAGAAUUGUAUUUGAAUCAACUACAACCAAUGCUUUAUACAAUGCAAUACUUAAUUUGACUUCACACUGAUAAAUUAAGGGAAUCUUUACCCUUCAGUGGUAACAAGCACUUUGAUUCAAGAUGUAACAAUAGCUUAAUCAGAAAGCAAAAAAAGUUGAUAUCAUAAUUGAAUUCUGUCCUCUGAAAUAAUGACUUCAAGUAAACAUCAAUGGAUUAAAAAAAUAUCUAGCCUUCAGGGAAAAUGUAAUUUCGGGUAAGAAUUGGAGAAUAAUUUUCAUUGUUAUGAAUUUGAUGUGUACAUCCAUCAAACCUUGGCUGUGACUUCAAUAAUUUGCCUGUGGUUACCACAUUUGUGUUGAAAAA